UAAAAGAGAACCUUCUCAGAAGCUGUUAUCUCCUUAAGUUAUAUAUAAAGGUCACACUAACCUCUAUAUAUAUCGGUAUGUCUAUAUAAACAAAGGGUGUCUCGUAUUUGCAUCACAUUAAUUUAUAUAAUCUUUUAAGGAGUUGUCAUCACAUUCCUACACAUCAUUCUUUCAUUUACAAUAUGGGAGUAACAUUGGAUGGACAAAGAAAGGAAUCAGUUUGGGUUUCGAUGAGAAGACAGAGAACUCGAAGGGCUCUUGUGAAGAAGAUCAUGAUCCGACCGAGGAAAAGUUUAGAAGCUUCUAGAAGACCGUGUCGCGCCAUACAUAGACGAGUCAAGACGUUGAAAGAGCUUGUUCCGAACACCAAAACUUCAGAAGGUUUGGAUGGACUCUUCAGACAAACGGCAGAUUAUAUUUUGGCUUUGGAAAUGAAAGUGAGGGUCAUGCAGACAAUGGUUCAGGUUUUGACCGAAACUGACUGCGUCUAAAAACCUUCAUAUAUACUAUUUUUUUUGUAAAUCUUGUUGGAUUUUACGUGUCUUUAGUUGUUUUUUUCGUUCGUGUUUAUUUUCAUUAUUAUCGUGUGAUUGUCGAAAAGUAAUUUGGUUUAUGUUGCUGAUGUAGACACCGCAAGGAAAGAAAAACAAAUUAGAAACAUCAAGAAAUAUAAACAAAACUAUUUUGUGAAA